AUGGAUAAACACAACCUCACAAAUCUGGACGUGGAGUGCCUGAACGCUCUGAAGGUUCUUUUGAAGCCGCGGUACCUCUACCUAAUUGAACCAUGGCUCAUGAACGCAAAACAGGAGCAGAAAAAGGCACUGAUCAUGGCAGCCGACUACGUUGAAGGCAAGACCUGGGCGACGCUCUUGCCUGCAGUCCAGAAGGACCGCUACGGGCUCAGAAGGCCUACUGCAACUCGCUUUCGCAGUUUGGACCAAGCACAGUACGCAGCGGAAUGGCCUAACACGCUGAAGCGCGAGGGAACGAACAACCGAGCCCGCCACACAUCCGAAAUUGCGGAAUGCCAUAGUUUGAACCGCCACCCAGUCAAGCAAGAGGCGUACGCCUUUCUCCUUCACCCUGUAGCAGCGGCAAAGAUUGAAGAUUGGCAAGUGACUGAGGGAACAGAAGAGAACAAAGCGACGCUGGCAGCGGCUCUCAGAAGCCUGAAGUUCCUCCAGGAGAAGCUUCCAGGUUACGACGACAAAUCUAUCCCUUCCGGAGUCCAACCUAACGACCGCCUGUAUCUGGAGUCUUAUUGCAGGCGCAUUCGAGCGGAACCUGCCUGCGGCGAGCUGGGAGUAUUUUCUCAAGGCGAGAAGCGCAAACAACCGCAGCAGGCUGUCGCUCAUACCACGCCGCAUGCGCACUACCUGGAAAGCCAUCUGUACCUGCCUUUUACAACGGGCGACUACACGACCACGAACCAGCGGAUGAUGGAGCCUCCGCCGCCAGGCUUGGGUGUGAUCUACUCUUCGGAAGACGACGGGACAGAAGCAAUCAAGAAGAACCUCAUCAGUCCAAUCAUACUCUCAGAGAAACUCGCCCUACAGUGA